CCGCGCCCGAGCGCCAUGGCGGCCGCCGGGGCCGAAAUGGGUUCAGACCCCGCCGGCGGCGCCCGGUUCUUCUGCACGGCGGGCCGCGGCCUGGAGCCGUUCUUGAUGCGGGAGGUGCAGGCACGGCUGGAGGCUACGCAGGCACAGAAACAAACAGAAGAAUAUGGUGAAUUCUCCCUGCUCAUCAGCCAGCAGCCGUAGCGAUCAGCCCACAGUGAAUUCCGCCUCAUUCAGCCCUCUGCCUUACUCCUAGGGAUCAUUUCAUCUGCAUGUUUGCUUGUGCAGCUCUAAAUUAUGGCUCUUUCAUAGCCGCGUAUAUAGUGUAAAGGAGAUGAAGUUUCUAAAAUAUGUCACCUUAUCAUUUACACAGCUAAAAAGUUCAUCCCUUCUCAACACAUGUUCAGAGUCGAAUUUGUUUUCUGAUAUCUCUUGUUUUAAGUUUGUGUGUUUAAGUAGGGAUUUAAAUACCGUCUACAUAUUGUGUUGGUUGAUACUCUUCAUCUAUAAUUUUACCUCUGUUUCUCUCUUUUUUUUCUCAGAAUCCUCAUGUUAAAGUGACUGGGUUCUUUGGCCUUAAACUAAAGGAAUCUGUAAAAUAAAAGGCCUGAUAGUAAAUAUUUCAGGCUCUGUGCACCACAACUGGUUUCUCGUAUUCCUGUAGGCGUUAUUAGUCACAUGAUUUCUGUUAUAUUUUUCUUCUUCAUUGUUGUAUUUACAUCCUUUGGGGAAAAAAAAAAAAAAACAUUAAGCCGUUCUCAGCUCAACAGGGCUUUCUGACCUGCCAUGGCUGUGUUAGCCAAUAGGGUCCCACAGUGGCUAUUUAGAGAAUCCGUUUUUUCUUCAGAUACCUUAGCGACACUAUAAAUGCUCAGAAGCUGUGCAUCCUAGUGGCAUCUGGAUUGGACACAAAGUUACCCUCAUCUGGAUUUGCCAACUGUGGUGGUUUGCAUGAGAUGAGAAUGACCCCUCCUAGGCUCAUACAUCUGAAUGUUUGGUUCCCCGUUGGCAGACUGUUAAGGAAGAACGAGGGGAUGUGGUCUUGUUGAAAGAGGUGUGCCACUGGGGAUGGGCUUUGAGGUUUCAGAAGCUCAUACUAGACCCAGCCUGUCAUUCUGUCUCUCCCCCUCUCCCUUCUCUGCCUCGCUCUGUCUCUGCCCCACCCCCACCCCUUUCUGUCCCUGUCUCCUUGAGGAUAAGAUUCAAGCUCUCAGCUACUGCUCCAGCACUGUGCCUGCCUCCCUGCCUGCUUUCCCACCAUGAUCCCUACCGUGCUGACCAUGGACUCAACCUCUGAAACUGUUGAAUACAUUUCAGGAAAAGUGUUUUUCACCACCCGUUCAGAUUUGACCUCAAUGAAGAAGUUGAAGUCAGCGGAAAGACUGUUUUUGUUGAUUAGGAAGCAGCUUCCAAUUGCAGUUCCGUCUCUGAGCAAAGGAAAAAUACUUACUGAGCUCCAGAGACUUAUAAAUGAGGAUCCAGGAAGUUGGCUGAAGGCCAUUUCGCUUUGGAGAAAACUUCUUGAACGUGAUAAAAAAGAAGAAAAAGUUUCUCAAAGGGAUGUUAAUACACUAAAGCGAAAAGUGGGAGGAAAUGAGAUUGUCCUUGCCAAGAAAUUAAAACUAGAGGAGAAGCAGAUGGUUGAACAGAGCCGAGGGGAAGGCCAGGGCGACGGGCUUCCCGAAGACUCGCUGGAGCAAGGGGAUGCUAUCACUAAAACUGACCAGCUUCAAGAGCAUGGACUCCAGGAUGACAUGGUGAAGGCUCAGAACCAGGACUUGACCUUCAGGGUUUCCUGUCGCUGCAGCGGGAAUAUCGGAAAGGCCUUCCCUCCACAGGAGGCAGGAAGAGUGGUUGGAAUUGCUCUCAUGAGGAAGUUUGGAUGGAAAGCCAAUUUAAGGAAUCCACAUUUAGAGAUUUUCAUGCAUCUGAGUGACGCUUACUCAGUGCUGGGGAUUCCUCUGUUCAGAGUUCCCUUAGCCAGCAGAACUUACAUCCAGACAGCUGGGCUGCGGUCAACUAUAGCAUGGGCCAUGGCAUCUAUUGCUGAAAUUAAGGCUGGAGCUCUGGUUCUGGAUCCAAUGUGUGGCCUUGGGACCAUACUUGUGGAAGCUGCUAAAGAGUGGCCAGAUGUGUAUUACAUGGGUGCUGAUGUCAGUGACUCGCAGUUACUUGGUGCAUGUGACAAUGUGAAGGCUGCAGGCCUUGCGGACAAGAUUGACUUAGUUAAAGUCUCUGUCACAGAGUUACCACUGCCGUCACAAAGUGUUGAUGUGAUUAUUUCUGACAUUCCAUUUGGGAAAAAAUUCAAGUUAGGAAAAGACAUCAAAAGCAUUCUACAAGAAAUGGAAAGAGUGCUGUGUGAUGGUGGAGCCAUGGUCUUGCUGCUCAGUGAGGAUCACCACAGGUACCUUAGAGACUGUGGAGGCAACGGCAUUCCUCUAACAUCCCAAGACAACAUCACUGACCCUGAGAUGAACCCUGACAAAAGAACUGGCGCAUCAGGCACAGCAUCUCCUUCACGUAAAACUAGUAGCUCCCAGUGCCCGAGCAGAGUGUUGCCCUGUGGCUCCCUGGUGCCAGUGGAGUGCUUCAAAGUUAGCCUUGGAAAAACAGAUGCAUUCAUAUGUAAAUAUAAGAAGGUGCGUGCUUCUGGACUGUCACCAGCUGGAUACCAUGAGCCGGAAGCACAUCAGCAGAUGGCAGCCCUUCAGGAAUCCCCCCAUCUUCAGGAUUCCUCAGAGCCCCAGAGCCCGAGUGCACAGCCUCUGCAGAGGGUGCAGCUAAGGAACAGCCUUGUUGAGUAAGGCUUCCUGCUCUCCAGGACUCAGUGUUCGUGACAAAGAGCACUUGGUGAAGAUUUUGAAGAUUCUGUCUGAAAACUGCUUCAUGCCAGAAAUCAAACUUUUAGAAAUGAGAAACCUUUUAUGUGUAACUUUUUUUACAUAUUAAACUUUAUUUUUAACCUAUAAUUUGCUUCUCCAUUGAAAUGAAAAUAAUUUUUAUUUGCCAUUA